AUGGCGUCUCGAAUCGCUCACGCCGUAUCAGAUGUCUUCGUCGAUGCUCAGAACUCGGGUCUAGAUGGAGCCUAUGCUGUCCCUCCUCAAGGGGACGUCGCUUCUCGUCUAAUUGACCAGAUUAAACCCGAUACCGACACACUUGUUUCUGCUGUUGUCUCUCCUGAUUCGACAACGGGUGUUGCUCAACUCGCAGCUGGACUUGCUCGCAUACCCACCCGCUCUGGCGUAGUGCUUCAUGUUGGCCUCGGGACAAACGUUGAUGCUUCGCCUUUGAUCGGCUUUCGACUUAUACGCUUUACUCAGCUACCCCGACUCAGCAUCCCGACUAGCAUGGUCGACCCAAACAUUCGUAAUUCACCUCUCGAAGAACCGUUCGCGCUGAACGCAAACUCGUUUCUCCUGUCUCCGACGAAGUUCGGCCGAAAUCACCACCACUCUAAAAGCAUACCAAAAGGCGCUGCCGAAACUCUUGCAGCUGUCCGACGGAUCCAGGUCCCGAUCCAUCGGCAGGCCAGGAUGUACAUACUGUGUCAUCAUUCCGGGAGCAGCGCCCAGUCUGUCGUCAUCUCUCAGACGGGAGUUGGACUUGUUGAGGUAUCGCUCCUUCGACCAGUCGUUGGAACCAAGCUCGCAUCUGCGAUUCCCGCGAGUGCAAAUCGGGUGAUCGUUCUCGACCGCGCGGGAAAGAGAUCAACGAAAUGGACACCGCUUUAUCUUGAUGUCGCCGAGGCGCUCGAAGGGCGAGAAGAGCAGCCCAAAUUGUUGUCCGGCACGCUCGGAGAAGUACCAGACGUCGACGCAUUCUUUGAUUCGCUCGAUUCAUUUGAGAAUGGAGGCGUUCUCGGGAGUUUACCAGAAACAAACCCUUCCCUUCCCCAUGUACCAAAACACGAAGCAUCCUACACCAAGAUCCUCGAAUCCGCAUUUGGAGACCGCUUCGUAAUCGCCAACGACCCAAAGCUCGUUUCUUCCAAAGGCCCGGCUGCGACUCGGCCCGAAUUUGCGUUAGGAACUGUCCAAGCACAACUCGACGCUCGUGCUCGCUUGAUCAGCGCGGUGCAAACAUUGUUGAACAUUGGUUCCAAAGCGGGAAUUUCACCUGAACUUCACACAGCGUUAACAAACUGGUCACUCAAGCGGGACGACCCCAAAGCUAGCGUUUCAACCGCUCAGAUAUUACUCGAUUUGUUGAGAGUAGAGAGUGUUUCCCUUCCUGCUGCUGCCGAAAUCCUUUCCCUCUCCGAACACCUCACCUUCCCCUCACGAUGGAUUAUUGGUUCUGAUGCGUGGUCAUACGAUCUCGGCGCUUCUGGCCUUCACCAUGCCAUCUCAUCAGGGCUCAACGUCAACCUUCUCCUACUCGAUACCGUUCCUUACUCCCAACGCGAUGCCAUCGACCCCUCGAGACGCAAGAAAGAUGCUGGUUUGUACGCAAUGAGCCACGGGGACGUAUACGUUGCGAGCAUCGCUGUCUACUCAUCAUAUUCUCAAGUCAUCCAAGCUCUCAUCGAAGCCGACGCUUACAACGGGCCAAGUAUCGUUCUUGCAUACCUUCCCUAUGAAUCCGAAUCAUCAUCCGCACUCGAAGUGUUGAAGGAGACGAAGCGUGCAGUCGACGCAGGGUAUUGGCCUCUCUACCGAUGGGAUCCUUCCAAGCCUGAACCUUUCUCACUCGAUUCGGCAGCGAUCAAGGAGGAACUACAGACGUUCCUCGAUCAACAAAACCAUCUCAGCGUGUUGGCAAACGCGACGCCCAAGUUGGCUCGCUCAUACGAUGCCCUCCUUAACGCCCUCGAUGGACCGCCUGUUUUGGUCCUCUACGCUUCAGACGGGGGCAAUGCUGAAAAACUCGCCAAGCGUCUUACCCAACGCGCUCAAACUCGAGGACUCGCUGCGCGUGUUCAAUCGAUGGAUUCGGUUCCAUUAGCCGAACUUGCGACCGAGGAUGCACAUGUGCUAUUCGUGACCAGUACCGCAGGACAGGGUGAGCCUCCUCAAAACGGUCGUGAGACAUUCAAGGCGAUCAAUGCGGCUGUUGCUCGGUCUGAAUCUACUUUGUUGGCGAACCUCAAGUAUACAGUGUUUGGUAUGGGAGAUAGCCAUUAUUGGCCUCGACCAGAGGAUGCGCACUACUACAACAAGCCUGGGAAGGAUCUCGAUGUCCGUUUGGCGGAGCUUGGGGCGAACCGAGUCGCUGCACUCGGGUUAGGUGAUGAUCAGGAUGCCGAUGGCCCUCAGACUGGAUAUAAGGCCUGGGAGCCACUCGUCUGGAAGGCACUUGGCGUAGACGGCGUCAGUGUACCAGAAGCAGAGCCCGAACCGAUCACAAACGAGAACAUUAAGAUCGCAAGUAACUAUCUACGAGGUACAAUCGCUGAAGGCUUGCGCGACACAUCUACUGGUGCACUCGCUCCAUCUGACGGCCAACUUACCAAGUUCCAUGGUAUCUACGAACAAGACGAUCGCGAUAUCCGCGAUGAGCGCAAGGCCGACGGGCUGAACCUGCUUAUUCGUUUAUGA